AUGGCCUUCAGUGCUUCAGAGAAGAUUCUAGAGUCGUCAUUAUCAUCAAACCCAACUGAACUAGCCUCCUUUGGAAACAGUGUGUUAAAAGCCAGUGAGAAACUCAUGUCUACAUUAGUGAAGCCAACAGACACAAGUGCCAGUGUCAGUUUUACUCUUGCUGCUGUAGAGGGUCAAGUCUUCAUGGUUGGACCAAAUGUCACCUUAAAUAAAAUCCCUCGACUUGACACGACAAAUUCUUCUGUGGACAUUGAUCUCAUUGGGAUAUCCAAGAACAACAAUGAAAGAUCAGCUGCAGUGGCUUUCAUGAGCUACAACUCGAUGGAGAAUCUACUGAAGCCAGACUUCUUCAACACAUCAAACAACACGAUUAAAACCAUGAUGUCCACUGUGAUCUCAGCUACUCUUCCCAAAACCACCAACACUAAACUCACUAAACCAGUCAACUUCACCCUAAAACACAUCAGAUCAGGCCUUCUGCACUUCCUCUUUCUCUCUGGCUUUGUGUGGAUGCUCAUUGAAGCUGUGCUGCUCUUCAUCUGUGUGAAGAAUCUAUCACAGAUCAGCUCCAAAAAGAGGGAGGUGCUUAGCAGUGGAUUCCUGUGUGUGAUUGGAUAUCUGGUUGCUCUGGUUUUGGUGGCCGUGUCUGUCGGUCUGGUUCCUGACGGCUACGGCAGCAAAUACUGCUGGAUUAAAAUGGAUAAAGGCUUCAUCUGGAGUUUUUUGGGUCCUGUUUGUGUCAUACUAGCGUUAAACACGGUUCUCUUCAUCAAGAUCGUCACCAAUGUGAACUCGGCUCUCAAAAAUCUCAAUGUUGAAGUUUCACAGAUGAAACAAAACAAGAUUAUGGUGUUUAAAACAUUGGCUCAGUUUGUGGUUCUUGGUUGCUCCUGGAUUCUGGGUUUCUUCACUAAUAGCAGUAAGGUGCUGGAGAUCCUCUUCCUGAUCUUGAACUCCCAGCAGGGAACCUUCAUCUUCCUGAUCUACUGUGUCCUCAAUAAUGAGGUCAGGCAGCAGUACAGGAAGCUCUUCAGAUGUCUUUGCUGUGCCAAACAACACUGAGGACCACAG